CAAGACCUAUGAACGGAAGAGGAGGACCAAGCCACAAUCACAGUGCUCUUGUGGGGCGGGGGUGGUGCCACAGUCUCCUUUCAAGGGGAUCCUCACUUUCUGAUGCCUGGUGGCGCCCUCAGAUGGCUUCCCAAGCAUGCUCUGGAUCUGAGGUUAUUGUUUCCAGUGUGCUCAACCUUUCCACAGAUGUCACUGAACUGUGCUUCGCCUGGCCUUCAGGGCAUUGACCCGUCAGCAAAUAGAUAGUGUUUUCAAAAAAGCCUGAAUUCUGUUCAGUGUUUUAUAAUGAUGAAAACUGAAGUUGGAAAGGGUGGUAAAACGCUUUGACUCUCCACAGUAGAGUCUCUUGUUCUCUGGCUUUCUCAAGUUCACGCUCAUAGGGCUAUUGGCUGCAGAUUGCAAUGUCUGAGUCAGUAAUUCUUCGCAGUGUGAAGAAAUUUGGAGAGGACAAUUAUGGGUUUGAGUCAGACAGAUUCUAUAACAAUGAUAAGAAUUCAAGGUUACAAGAUGAGAGGAAAGGUGACAGCAGUCAAGUUGGCUUCUUUCAAUUGUUUCGAUUUUCUUCAACGACUGACAUUUGGCUGAUGUUUGUGGGAAGUUUAUGUGCAUUUCUCCAUGGACUAUCCCAUCCAGGAGUGCUGCUCAUUUUUGGCACAAUGACAGAUGUUUUUAUUGACUACGACACUGAAUUACAAGAACUCAAGAUCCCUGGAAGAGCAUGUGUAAACAACACUAUCGUAUGGAUCAACAGCUCCCUUAACCAGAGUAUGACCAAUGGAACGCGGUGUGGGUUGCUGGACAUUGAAAGUGAAAUGAUCAAAUUUGCCAGUUACUAUGCUGGAAUCGCUUUGGUAGUACUUAUCACAGGAUAUAUUCAAAUAUGCUUUUGGGUGAUUGCUGCAGCUCGUCAGAUACAGAAAAUGAGAAAAAUUUCCUUUAGGAAAGUAAUGCGAAUGGAAAUAGGAUGGUUUGACUGCAAUUCCGUGGGAGAGCUGAAUACAAGAUUCUCUGAUGAUAUUAACAAAGUCAAUGAUGCCAUUGCCGACCAAAUGGGCAUUUUCAUUCAGCGCAUGACCACGAGCAUCUGCGGGUUCCUGUUGGGAUUUUACCAGGGAUGGAAACUGACCUUGGUCAUUAUCUCUGUGAGCCCUCUUAUCGGGAUUGGAGCAGCCAUCAUUGGUCUGAGUGUGUCCAAAUUUACUGACUAUGAAUUGAAGGCUUAUGCCAAAGCUGGGUCAGUGGCUGAUGAAGUCAUUUCAUCUAUGCGAACAGUGGCUGCUUUUGGUGGUGAGAAAAAAGAGGUUGAAAGGUACGAGAAAAAUCUUGUGUUUGCCCAGCGUUGGGGAAUUAGAAAAGGGAUCGUGAUGGGAUUCUUUACUGGAUUCAUGUGGUGUCUCAUCUUCUUCUGUUAUGCACUGGCCUUCUGGUACGGCUCCAAACUUGUCCUAGAUGAUGGAGAAUACUCAGCAGGAACCCUCGUCCAGAUUUUCCUCAGUAUUCUACUAGGAGCUUUAAAUCUUGGCAAUGCUUCUUCUUGUCUGGAAGCCUUUGCAACUGGGCGUGCAGCGGCCACCAGCAUUUUUCAGACAAUAGACCGGAAACCCAUCAUUGACUGCAUGUCAGAGGAUGGUUACAAGUUGGAUCGAGUUAAAGGUGAAAUUGAAUUCCAUAACGUGACCUUCCACUAUCCUUCCAGACCGGAGGUGAAGAUUUUAAACAACCUCAGCAUGGUCGUUAAAUCAGGGGAAGUGACUGCUGUGGUAGGACCCAGCGGAUCCGGGAAAAGCACAGCCCUGCAGCUUAUUCAGCGUUUCUAUGACCCCAGUGAAGGCAUGGUGACUUUGGAUGGCCAUGAUAUUCGCUCUCUUAAUGUUCAAUGGCUUAGAGCUCAGAUUGGGAUAGUGGAGCAAGAGCCUGUUCUGUUCUCUACCACCAUCGCAGAGAACAUUCGCUAUGGCAGAGAGGAUGCAACGAUGGAAGAUAUCAUUCGAGCUGCCAAGGCAGCCAAUGCCUACAACUUCAUCAUGGACCUGCCACAGCAAUUUGACACUCUUGUUGGAGAAGGAGGAGGCCAGAUGAGUGGUGGCCAGAAGCAAAGAGUAGCCAUUGCCAGAGCCCUUGUCCGGAACCCCAAGAUCCUGCUUUUGGACAUGGCCACCUCAGCACUGGACAACGAGAGUGAAGCCAUGGUGCAAGAGGCGCUCAGUAAGAUCCAGCAGGGACAUACGAUCAUUUCGGUGGCUCAUCGCCUGUCCACAGUCAGAGCUGCAGAUGUCAUUAUUGGUUUUGAACAUGGUACAGCAGUGGAAAGAGGCACCCAUGAGGAGCUGUUGGAAAGAAAAGGAGUCUACUUCACUCUAGUGACUUUGCAGAGUCAAGGCGAUCAGGCUGUCGAUGUCGAAGGCACAAAGGGGGAAGAUGAAACUGAUGGAGCCUCACUUGACAGCAAACAGACCUUUUGCAGAGGGAGCUACCAAGCUAGUUUAAGAGCUUCCAUCCGAGAACGCUCCAAGUCUCAGCUUUCUUACCUGGUGCACGAACCUCCGUUAGCUGUUGUAGAUCACAAGUCUACUUAUGAAGAAGACAGAAAGGACAAGGACAUUCCUGUGGAAGAAGAAAUUGAACCUGCCCCGGUUAGGAGGAUUCUAAAAUUCAAUGCUCCAGAGUGGCCCUACAUGCUGGUAGGGGCCGUGGGGGCUGCUGUCAAUGGGUCAGUCACACCACUCUAUGCCUUUUUAUUCAGCCAGAUUCUUGGGACUUUUUCACUUCCUGAUAAAGAAGAACAAAGGUCACAGAUCAAUGGUGUGUGCCUGCUAUUUGUAGUAGUGGGCUGUGUAUCCCUUUGCACUCAGUUUCUGCAGGGAUAUGCUUUUGCUAAAUCUGGAGAACUCCUUACAAAAAGGCUACGUAAAUAUGGUUUCAGAGCAAUGUUAGGGCAAGACAUUGGCUGGUUUGAUGACCUCAGAAAUAGUCCUGGGGCACUAACAACAAGGCUUGCUACGGAUGCCUCCCAAGUUCAAGGGGCAGCCGGCUCUCAAAUCGGAAUGAUGGUCAAUUCCUUCACUAACAUCACUGUGGCCAUGAUCAUUGCCUUCUUCUUUAGCUGGAAGCUAAGCCUGGUCAUACUGUGCUUCUUCCCCUUCUUGGCUUUAUCGGGAGCCAUACAGACCCGAAUGCUGACAGGCUUUGCCUCUCAAGACAAGGAGGCUCUGGAGAUCGCCGGCCAGAUUACAAAUGAAGCUCUGGGUAAUAUCCGCACUGUCGCCGGGAUUGGAAAGGAGAGGCAGUUUAUUGAAGCCUUCGAGACUGAGCUGGAGAAGCCGUUCAAGACUGCGUUUCGAAAAGCGAACGUUUAUGGAUUCUGCUUUGGUUUUUCCCAGUGCAUGGUGUUUGUUGCUAAUUCUGCUUCCUACAGAUAUGGGGGCUACUUAAUCCCCAACGAGGGGCUCCAUUUCAGCUAUGUGUUCAGGGUGAUCUCUUCGGUUGUACUCAGCGCGACAGCCCUUGGAAGAGCCUCCUCUUACACCCCUAGUUAUGCCAAAGCUAAGAUAGCAGCUGCACGCUUUUUUCAACUGCUGGACCGACAGCCCCCAAUCAAGGUGUACAGCAGUGCAGGUGAAAAGUGGGACAACUUCCAGGGCCAGAUUGACUUUGUUGACUGUAAAUUUACAUACCCUUCUCGACCUGAUAUUCAAGUUCUGAACGGUCUCUCAGUAUCAGUUCGUCCAGGUCAAACACUGGCCUUUGUUGGAAGCAGUGGUUGUGGCAAAAGCACCAGUAUUCAGCUGUUGGAACGUUUCUAUGAUCCUGACCAAGGGAAGCUGAUGAUAGAUGGGCAUGACAGCAAAAGGGUCAAUGUCCAGUUUCUCCGAUCGAACAUUGGGAUUGUUUCCCAGGAGCCAGUGUUGUUUGCCUGUAGCAUCAUGGACAAUAUCAAGUAUGGGGACACCACCCAAGAAAUCCCCAUGGAAAAAGUCAUAGAAGCCGCAAAGCAGGCGCAGCUACAUGACUUUGUCAUGUCACUCCCAGAGAAAUACGAAACUAAUGUUGGGGCCCAAGGGUCUCAGCUAUCUCGAGGAGAGAAACAACGUAUUGCUAUUGCUCGGGCCAUUGUACGAGAUCCUAAAAUCUUGCUGCUAGAUGAAGCUACUUCUGCCUUAGAUACAGAAAGCGAAAAGACAGUGCAGGUCGCCCUGGACAAAGCCAGAGAAGGUCGGACCUGCAUUGUCAUCGCUCAUCGCUUGUCUACGAUCCAAAAUUCAGAUAUCAUUGCUGUCAUGUCACAGGGGAGAGUGAUUGAAAAGGGGACCCAUGAAGAACUGAUGGCCCAGAAAGGAGCCUAUUAUAAACUCGUCACCACAGGAGCCCCCAUCAGCUGAUCUGAUCGAAGAACUUCAUGUACAGAUCGUGCACCAAUGACAAGAGGGCCAGGGGUUUUUUUUUUUCUUUAAGGAGAAAUGAUUAUAUUUUACUUUUACAGACAUUGUCAUAUGUUGGGAUCCAAGUUAAUUUCUAAUGACCUUCAAUAAUAUCUUAGUUUUUAAAAUGUGUAUAUAGAAAAUGAAAGAAACUAGGGUUAGCAUGAGUGAAAAUCCAAUGUCAAGCAGGUGCUCAGCCAUUACCCAGUGGCUUUCUCCAUGCAGAAGCCAGUCCCAACUACAUGGGAAUUAACAAGAAGUCGGAGAUCCUCCAACGAAACUCCCCAAUCAGACUUUGGAUUCCUCAAGGCCAGAGCACUAUCCUUUGCAUUUUUAAAACUUCAGUGUACACAGAGCCCACUACACUUAUAAUAGGCAGUCAGUGAGGGUUUAUCAAGCUGGACCAGGAUCCUGUGUGAAAAUAACAGGAGAACCGACAACCAACUAUUUCCUCACUUAAGUUUUCUUGCAAGUGAAAGCAGAUUCAUUCAUCUCUAAGAAUGAGGAUAGGUAAAGGAGGGCUUUGAUACUCUGGAUACUCUCAGGCUAGGAGAGGAAGAAAGGAGCGAGUAUUUGCAGGGACUUACCAGUUAGGAGUGUGGAUUUAUAGAUUCAGGGUGUAGUAGGUGGGUGAUGACGUCAACAUUUACCGCACUAGAAUCUACCAGUGUGGCUUUUUUGUUUUGUUUUGUUUUGUUUUGCUUUGUAUAACACUAUAUGAAGCUGCAGCAAGGUAAAAUGCACUGUUUUCAUCUCAUGAAUAGACUUUGAAGAGAUGAAGGACAGCAGCCUGGGAUAAAGACUCUAACCCAGGUUUUUAAUCCUUGUCACCACCCUUCACAUUGGUUGCCCCUGUAUGGAAGCAGAAGUACACACUCCUCCUGCAGCAGGAUGGCUGCCCUUCUGUAAUUCUAGCAAAGGAAUUGGGGAUGGAUGGGGAAGCUCAUUUGCACUUAGAAACACAAGUCACAUUUGAAGGGACAGCUGAAGACAAAGGGAUUGAAUAUGAAGCUAUAUAUGAGCAGAAAAAAAAAAUCCAGCUCCCUCCUCUUCUGGCAGGAGUUUUUAGGAGUACCCUCUGGGGAAACUGGCUAAUCCAAGAAAAGAGACUAUUGGGGCAGAGAUCCUCCAACGAAACUCCCCAAUCAGAUUACUCUAUGGUGAAGCCCACCGCCAGCAACACGUACCCCUUGGCUUUUCAGUUCUCACUCUCCCAUGGGAAUAGAUUGUUGAGAAUCACCAGACACUGAGGAAAUAUUUUAACACAAAAAUCAAAAUGACAGCAAUAGAAUGCCCAGAACAAGGAUAUUAGAGGUAACAGAGCCAAAGAAAAGGUUUGGAAAACAUUAAGAAUGGCAAUAAAUUUACAUAAUGAGAUGAGAAGAUAUUCCCAUCUAUUUAAAUAAAAGCAAGAGUUCAUUAAAAUGAACACCCAAAAAAAUAAAAAAUAAAAACCACAAAAACAAAAAAGAGGUCUUGUCAACAGAAGUGAAAAAUUCAGUAGCAGUUCCUACCAAGUUGUCCUGCCAUCAAGAUGUCUUCCUACUCUAGCUCUUUCCAGAUGUACUCGGUGUACACAUUUUUUUCUUCCCAUGCCCAACACGUGAAAUUUUGCCUACAAAUUAAGCCUGAGCUGUUGUAUAUUGAGGUAUAUUAUUUAUGUGUCUGUCCCAUAUUUCCUGGUAAAUAACCAGAAAGGUGGUUUAGUAAGUUAAUUAGUUAGGUCAGAAGAAUUGAUGGUUGCCAAGUCAGGGAGGGAGGGGGUGGAGGACAGCAGUCUAGUUAAGUCAGCACUCUAGUUAAGUCAUGAAAAAUGGCAGGGACAAUAACAUCGCAGAAUGAAGAUGCCUGCAAGAAGGAAUUAAAUUUUUCAGUAUGCAUGUGCUCAUCCUGUAAUACUGAAGAAAGAAAACCAAAAUCCAUUUGUUUAAGUGUGCAUUUCAAAGAAGAACAUAAGCUCUGUGCUGGGAGGUUGCCAGUUUCCUGGAGUGGAAUGUGUGGGGUGUGAAAAAUGAAUGAGGAAGAGUCAUUUUUCAAAUAAGGUACUUGAAAGUUAUUGAUGAGUGGGAAAAGGUUGAUAGCAGAGGGUUUGAAAUAAUGUGGGAAAGCAAUUGUUUUUGAGGCUCAGUGACAAGGUAAAGGAUUAUAACCUUAAAAAUAUAGAAAUAAAUAAAGUUGCAAAUUUAUUUUACAACACCAGGGAGCGCCAGUGUUUCCAUAUCUAUCCCAUGUCUUAUAUUACUGGAAAGGAUUUGGUUUCUGCAAUUUUACAUUAUUAAUGUUUCUCAGAUGAUAGAGGUACUUGCUUUCUCUGUUCUAUCUGACAUUUAUCUCAAGUCUUUCUGUGAUUUCUAGUGUUUUCAGAUGGGUUCAUGCUAUGAUCAAACUCAUCCCAUAACCCCAAGUAUUUAAUUUUUACAGGAGAAAAAAAAAAGUAAAAGGAUUGGAAGAUAAAAUUGGGGAAAUUUCCCUGAAAGUGGGACAAAAAUAUAGAGCCAAAAAGUAGAAAGAAAAAAAAGAAAAAUUUUAGAAGAACAACCCAGGAGGUAUAAUUAGCAAUUGCAGUUCUAGAAAGAAAGAUUAGAGGGGAGUAAAUUUUUAUGUGGUCUGAAGAUAUUUCCUGUAACUGGAGAAUAUAAACUUACAACCUGAAAGGGUCCAACUAAUGUCAAAUAUAAUAAAUAAGUAAAGAUCCUUUGUGGGCACACUAUUAUGCAAUCUUAGAAAAC